UGCGGCCACCUCUGGGGCGUGGGGCAGCUGGGGAACAGCCGCGCGUAACGCCGGCUCUCCCGGUGCUGAGAUGCGGCCACCUCUGGGGCGGCUGGGAACCGUGGUGCCGCUGCGUGCUGACUUCGGCGAGUGCUCCCUUAUCUGAUGGGGGCAGCGUUGGGCGUGCCAGAGACGGGCUGGAACUGCUCACGCUGGAAUGUGGCCAGGCGUUGGAGCAGGAGCGCGGGGCCGGCCUUCCCACUGACCUUGCGGGCCUGAAAGCUGAGCCGCUGCGUUGGGCCUUAUCUCCUCCGCCCCCUCCCUAGAGCCCGGCAGGGUCCAGCCUGGUGGGAGACGCCCGCGCCGAUCGCCCCUCCGCCGAGGAGCGAGGCAUGCUGGGCCCCGGGGCCUGCGGAAGGAUCCAGGAUCAAAGCCUGAGCAGCUAGCUGCUCUGCUGCCGCUUCCCCAGCUCGGCACCAUGUCGGAGGGCUGGGUGGACUGCCCCACCCUGGGGCCCGGAUGGAAGCGCCGCGAGGCCUACCGCCGAUCCGGGGCCACCUGUGGACGGACGGACACCUACUAUCAGGGCCCCAACGGCGAGAAAUUCCGCAGCAAGAUCGAGCUCACCCGGUUCCUGGGGCCCUCGCAGGACCUGACCAACUUCGACUUCAAGAACGGCGUGCUCCGCGAGCCGCCCCCCAAGGUCAAGAAGGCCCAGAAGAGACGCCUCUCGCUGUCGGAGCCAGAACCCCCGACCCCCCCCGAGCAGCCGCCCCCCAAACAGCAACCCGUGAAGCCGGAGCCCCCGGAGCAGCCGCCCCCGCCCCUCCCGGAGCGACGCCCCCGCAAGCGCCCGGCGCCCCUGCUGGAACCCCAGGAAGCGGCGCAAGAUGCCGUAGUGGCAUGCUGCGCCAGCUGCCAGAACUACUUCCCCGGGGUGAUGCUGCCCAGCCAGAGACGCUGCCGCUGGCUGUGCCCGGACUGCCGAGCCCAGAGAAGAGACUUCAACAGGGAGCAGCGGUUCUUCAAGCGGGUGGGCUGCGGGGCCUGCCAGGCCUGCCAGAUCCCCGAGGACUGCGGCAUCUGCACCGUGUGCACCGUGCGGGCCAAGAACCCCGAGCUCCGGAUCGGCAGGAAAUGCCUCCUGCGCCGCUGCCUGAAAAUCGUCAAGAAGGGCUUCGGCUGCGGCGUGUGCCAGGGCUGCCAGGCCACCGAGGACUGCGGCAGCUGCUACAUCUGCCUGCGGCGGCUGAAGCCCGGCCUGAAGCGGCAGUGGAAAUGCCUGAAACGCCGCUGCCUCAAGAAGAAGCAGAAAUCGGUGGUGGCGAAGAAGGCAGGAUACGGCCCCCGGAAACUGACCGUAGACGGGCCCCAGCUCGCCCCGGGGAGGCGCCGCAGGAGGCUGCCAGCCGCCGGGCCCAGCGCUGACGGGCCCCAGCUCGCCCCGGGGAGGCGCCGCAGGAGGCUGCCAGCCGCCGGGCCCAGCGCUGACGGCCUGGCCCCUAAACCUCGGCGCCGUAAGAGAUUAACCCCAGCCGCAGCAGCCACAAAAUGGAAGCCGUCGUUGGAGCGAGACCCCGGUGGCCUCUCAGGCUCGCGGCGCAGGAAACAGCUGGGUAAAGUCAAGGAGAAGAAGAAGCCAGGGCGGCCCCCAAAACACCCGAGUGCCAGGGCCCGGAGCAGCCUGCUCUGCUCCAAGAGCCGGCGGAACCGCAAGUGCGGGGAGUGCGAGGCCUGUCUGCUGAAAGCCGACUGCGGCCGCUGCGACUUCUGCCGGGACAAGCCCAAGUUCGGCGGCGAGAACCUGAAGCGCCAGAAGUGCCGCUGGAGACAGUGCCUGCGCUUCGCAAUGAAGCGGCUGCUGCCGGCGGUGUGGAGCCGCGGGCAGGCGGAGGAGGGGGCGGGGGCCCUGGCCCCCCGGAAGGCCUGGAGGCGCAGGAUCGGCCGCAGCCGCCAGCCGGCCCGGAUCAAGCAGGUGGGGCGGCGGGUCAAGGGGAGCGGCCAGCAGCGCUGGGCUCGGGGCAGUGCCCCGCCGCAGGAGAAGGAGCGCCCGCCGGGCGGGGAGCUGCGCUUCCUGGCGGAGAAGGGGGUCGCCGAGGCGCCCGGGCAGCUGGUGCUGCUGAAGGAUCGGCCACGCAGAGACUUCGUCCUGCUCCGCGACGCCCCCCCGAGCUUCCCCCUCCUGCUGCAGCAUGUGAAGGAGGAGCCGGCCACACCCCCGCCCCCCGGCCGGCUGGAGGAGCCAGCCCCCUCCCUGGUCCUCGCCGCCCCACCCCUGGUGAAGCAGGAGAAGGUGGAGCCCGGAUGGGACCUUGCACCGGUGCCGGCGGGGGUGCCCCUGCGGAUGGAGGGCCGGGCGCUGGCCAGGGAAGUGGUGGUUCUGGACCCAGCUGACAAGGACGAGGAGGACGAGGAGCGCACCCCGGUGAUCAUGGAGAUCUACAGCCUGGGGGCGCUGGCGGGCCGGGCGCCCCUGGACCCGGUGCUGCGGGAGUUCCUGGCCGAGCUGCAGGAGAUCCCCUUGCCGGCCCACUGGGAGGUGCAGCCGCCCCUGGGGGGGCCGGACCUGCGGCUGGUCCAGCGCUCGGCCCGCUCCACCAUGGCCGCCACCGUCAUCCACAUCCGCCCGGGCCUCUUCUUCCAGGUGGUGGUGCGCCAGCUGCCCGUGCCGCCCGAGCACGAGGUCUACGCCAGCCACCCCGCCCGCCUCACCACGGUGGACGAGGUGGUGGAGCUGAUCUGCGACCUGGAGGCCUAUCGGCUCUGCCCCGGCUGGCCGGCCGGCUGGCACGCGGGGCAGCGCUCCCAGGCCUGCGACGUGCUGGUGUACGCGGGCUGCUGCCCCCAGUGCCGCCUCAACCCCUGGCCCUCGGGCAGCGCCGGCCCCUAGGCCCCCCCACCCCGCGCGCCCCCAGAGCUUCUAUUUUUGACACUGGAAUCGGCUGGACCCGGCCGGGUCGGGGGGGGGGCAGAGGGGGGCACGGCCGGGGGGGUGGGGGGGGGGACGGCGCCAGUUCGUUUUCGUUGCUUGUUUGUCCCUCUCCAGGCCGCGGGAGGGCUGAAGGGACCCCCCCCACUGUGGUCACAUGAGCGGCUCUAGCCAAUGAGGAGCUCUGUCCCCAUAGGGCCCCCCCAGGCAGGGCAGAGGGCUCCUGAGCCCCCCCCCCGAGUGACGGGGGGGGGCAGGGAUUUCAGACCCCAUCUUCAAUUGCUUUAACCCCCCUCGCCCAUGGGCCUGGGUCUUCCACCUCCCCCGCCCUUGGGGGGGGCAGACCCAUGCCAGCUUCUCCCCCCCUCAAGCGUUUGCUUCAUCUCCAGCAGGGGGGGUCGCUCCCCCUUUCUCCCCCCCCCCAGUUUAAGCCCCUGUUUUAAAACUUGAAUUCUUCCUUGGUGGCGAUUUUUCUGCUGCAGGGGGGAGGGGACAGCUCCGGGGGGGGG